GCAGCGAAAAAAUAAUAAUUUAAUUUUAAUAAAAACAGUGACAACAACAACUACAUCAACAACAUAAUUAACCACAACUACUGGAACAAAGGAGUCAACCGAGUAACAAUCUGUUAAAAUUGAAUUUAAUUCAAGACUAGAAAAAGAAUAAAUAAAAAAGUACAACGACAUUGAUAGCAUAACACAACAAACAACAGAAAAAGCAGCAGCAGCAACAAUAACAAAAUUAUGGAUGCACCCGAUUUGCGUGCAUUAGUUGACAGUUUUACCGAUGGCAGAGUCACCGAUCUGUCCGAUGCAUUUGCAAACUUUUCAACGGAAAUGUUACAGCAGGCGAAUGCUCUAUUGGCGGCAACAGCAACAUCCACAAAUGGUCUCCUUGACACUGACACUAAUACGGAUGCAAUAAUACAUUUGGAGGAUAUUGAAGUGGCAGCAGCUUUGGCGCUAAGUAACACAGAUACUCUAGUUAAUCGAACCCUCGAAAUGCAGUGUUUGCGACAACAGCAACAGGAUGAACGUACUGCCGUCACAUCCUUAAACAGCCCUGCGAAUUUUAUAUCCUGUCCUGUAUCAUUUGACUCUGUACUCUGUUGGCCACGUACACCUGCCGGCACAUGGGCCGUAUUGCCUUGUUUUGAAGAAUUCAAAGGAGUUCAUUAUGAUAGUACACUACUAAAUAUAUGUUUGUUGUCAAAAGUACAAAUACUUAUUUAUUGUUUGGAAACAACAAUUGAAUGUAAUACAAUUGAACAAGAGCAGCAACAGCAACAAUCAGAUCGUCAACAACAACAAAAAACAUCUUAUUUCAAUUAG